GGACUAAUUCAUUCAUUGAGUGCCAUUCAUAGACGGAGCUUUGCCGGAGAAGGUUGUUGAUCGUCGGAUCGCGCAUUUCCUUCGCUACUCGUCCUCUCGUUAACCGGUUGGCAACAUCGUUUUUUGCAAAUCAAGUUCAACUAUAAGUGAUUAGCGAGUUAAUCUUUACGCAGUCAGUGCGCUAGAGAAAGUGUUAAGAAUGGUUAUCAAUUUUGGAGCAGGGCCGGCAAAGUUGCCUCGGGAUGUUCUAUUGGAGGUUCAGAAAGAGCUGGUCGAUUAUGGGAACAGUGGAAUGAGUGUUAUGGAAAUGUCCCACCGAGGAAAAACCUACAUGAAACUUCACCAAGAUACGGUCGACCUGGCGCGAAAAAUUCUCCAGGUCCCGGACAAUUACGAGGUCCUGUUGAUGCAGGGUGGUGGAACCGGUCUCUUUGCGGCCGUUGCCAUGAACCUGAUCAACCGGUCUGGCUCGGCAGACUAUCUGGUAACGGGAUCAUGGUCUGCGAAGGCCGCCAAGGAGGCCGAAAAGUACGGAAAAGUUAACCGAGUGGUUCCCAAGCCGGAAAAAUACGUCCGGGUACCGGCCGCCCAACAGUGGAAGCUGGACCCAAAUGCCUCCUAUCUGUACUACUGUGACAACGAAACCAUCGAAGGGGUGGAAUUCGAUUUCGUGCCGGAAACUAACGGAGUGCCCCUGGUGGUGGACAUGUCCUCCAACAUCAUGUCCCGACCGGUGGACAUCAAAAAGUUUGGGGUCAUCUUUGCCUGUGCCCAGAAGAAUAUCGGUCCAUCUGGAAUCACGUUGGUCAUUGUUCGAAAAGAUCUCAUUAGCACCGAGUAUCGACUGCCGAUGACCCCAACCAUCCUGGAUUUCUCGAUCCUCGCCAAGGACAACUCCAUCAACAAUACUCCGCCAACUUUUGUAAUCUACGUGAUGGGUCGGGUGUUUGCCUGGAUCGAACGACAGGGUGGGUUGCAGAAAAUGUACCAAGAUUCUUUGACUAAAUCGAGCCUGAUCUACGAUGUGAUCGCAUCGUCUAAAAACUUUUACUACUGUCCCGUGGAAAGCAACGUACGCAGCCGCAUGAAUAUUCCGUUUCGUGUCGGUGGACCGACCGGAAGCGAUGCCCUCGAGCAGGAGUUUCUCAAAGGAGCUGAGGCCCUAGGAAUGCAACAGCUCAAGGGACACCGAUCGGUGGGGGGCAUUAGAGCUUCCCUCUACAAUGCCGUUACAAUCGAAGAAACCAAAGCUCUGCAAAAGUAUAUGUUAGAGUUUUUGACAAGAAAUUCAUAAAUGAAGAGAAUCAUGCAUCCAUUAUAUUUUAAGUGAAAUCGUAAUCAAACUAUAUUUUCUUUCUUGAAAAUGUCAUCCAAAA